UCCCAUUCCUCCCCCGGGGUCUCCAGGUUAGCUGGCCGCCAUAAGCUGGCGCCAGAGGCCUCCGGGCCUGCAGGGGGCGCCAGACGCAGCGGAGCAACCGGCUCCCGGGUGGGACCAGAGCUGCGCAGUCAUGAUCACCACUGAGGCCGCGGCAGAGUCCGCUGUCCCCGCGGUGCCCGGUGAUUUGGAAGCUACUGGAGCCCCGGAGCGCGAGCAGCUGGUGUGGCCCUGGAAAGAUGCCGCGAUACGGGCGCUGGUGCAGCGCAUCCACCAGUUGCAGGCUGAGCGCGCGCAGGCCUUCCGCCGGCUGGAGGAAGGCCACCGACAGUACCUGAGCAGCGGCCCGCCCUACGACUUUCCGCGCUACCGGAGCACAGUACACGAGGUGACCCAGGCCUUCGCCGCCGCCUCGCGGGAGGUGCUGGCGGUGGAGGCCGAGCUAGCCGGACCCCGAGCACAGCCGCUGCUCGCGAGCCACGUGCGCAGGCUGCAGCAGCUGGAGGAGACGCGCCUGGCCACGGUGGCCCUGCUGCAGCUGAUGGGGACACCAGAGCUGACUGGGCAGGACAGCCUGCAGAUGCACCAGCUGAAGAUGAAGGUAAUUAAAACCAUGGAAGCGAUCAGCGAGGUUCUCCAGGAUCUCAGGUUUGAUGCAGAAUCUGCUGAGUGAUGGUGGCUCCCCAGGGACAAGCCAAAGGAGAUGGGAAAUGGGGCAUAUAGCGCUCUGCCCUGACUGCCAGCUGGCUGGGGUCACGCCCCACCGGACCACUGACCCUCUUCAAGUUCGCCUCACCUCUCAUAAUAAAGAACCUAAAGAACCUUU